ACUCUGCUUACAAAAAUAACCCUAGUGGCUGAGGUUUGUUGCAAUAACACGUAGUUUGGUUCUAACCCGGCUACCAGGGAUUUAUUUCUUUCAAGGAAAAUGAUGGUAAUUUCUCCAAAAAAAUCGUUUUGCUCCAGAUUUUUGGGGGGGUCCUGUCCCCCCCGUCCCCCCCGGGAUUUACGGCCCUGUAUGGUGUCAUAAUCUGCUCGUAAGCAUAAGGGGCCGCGCAACAUAUUUAAAAAACUGAAUACAACCAACUUGUGCUUUAACAGGUUUUGGAACCAAGCUUUACAUUACUUAUCACUGCGUGAAUGAUAAGUAAUGAUAAGUAAAUAUUUAAUCUUCCUUUCUUUUUUAUUGAAUCUUCGGAAUAUUUGAACCCAUUGGUAAUUUUAAUCCUUCAGCCAGAGGGGCGUAUCUAGUACCUUACCUCUGUCCCCGUAAUUGAACCUAAGAAGAAUAAUUUCUACAACAAUUGAGCAAAAAAUUCUAAUUUUUCAUAUACAGAGCAAUAAAUGUAUUUUUCGGAUCAUGUAUUGGAUUUUAUCUAGCUACAGUGGCAAAGUUUUCAGCUUUCAAAAAAUUUGUCAAUAACUCAUGAAAUUGUUUCUAUUUCUAAGAAGCGAGAAAAGUGAUACAAGGACGGGGCGAAUAGCAAGAGAGGCUAUUUUCCUUGUUGGCUCAGGGUCAGAGCACAGUUUGGUUGCGCAGUGAGGUUCAAUAACCGAUUUAUUCAGUAGAGCUUGAGUAGGGCUAGCUUUUUUUCGAAUUUUGAUCCGUUCAUAUGAUUCAGGGUACACACUUUGUAUAAGAAAAUAGUCUAUAAGAAUAUUAAGGCUCAAGAUCGCUGAAAUUUAAGAAUAGUUUAAGAAUAAUGCAACGCUCAAGCUUCAUCAAGAAUCAAAUUUUUGGUUUAUUUGAGUUUUGUUUAAAGCAAGAAAGAUGCGAGUUUCACGCUAUCUGUCUUUAAGUUGACGUAUUUGGCCUUGGAGUUAUUUUGACACUAUUAUGCGACUCAGUGACACCUUGUAUUUUUAAGAAUGAUUCAAGAAUGUUGUGGCUCAGCAAAAAUUAGCUAUUCUAAAAAAAGGUGGGAAUGUGAAAAAUACUUGGGUACAAACACGUUGAUGUGUCAAUAGAUGUUUAAAAAUGUUUGGAUUGAUACAACAAUAGCUUGCUGCGAAACAUAGUGAGGAUCAGUUACACCCGCUACGCGGGUACGCAAUAGCCCUUAUAUUUGGAAAAAAUUAACAUUAGCCUCGGCGAAGACAAGAUUUCUCUUGAACCCCAGAGGAAUAAUAGUAACAUUAGCCUUGGUAAAAACAAGAAUUCGGUCCAGCCUACCAAUGAAUUUCCCUCUGAAGAAAAUACGACGAAAGACGAUUAAAGAGCCUGGCCUCUAUGUCUAAUUGAACGAAUAGAGAAGGGAGUUGGGAUCAGGUGAUGAAAAAGCAACUUGGUUUGCUACAACAAAUUUUGGUAAACAAUUUCACUUGCACUCCUGUGACUAUCGCUAGGAAGGGGGGAGACCCUACUCCCUUCUAUCUCAGGCGAACCCGUGUAAAUAAAUAUAGGGGCUAUUUCAUGCCCACGUGGAUGCCUAUUACCACACCCUAUAUAAGGAACAUUCAUCUUCUCUAAAACAAAAAACAGGAAGUCAUCAAUACAUUAAUGUUCAGUGAUCGAAAGUUACAAUCGUUGUACAGUGCAAUGAUAAUAAAUAAUAUCAAAAGCUUCCAAGUACACUUUGGUUGAACAGGAGACUAGCCCCAGUUAUGCCUGCUAUGCGGGAAUUUCCCUCAGCAAAGACAAGAAUUCUGUUGAAGCGCCCAAUGAAUUAUAGGAAAAUUUGCCUCUGAAAGAAAAGACAAAAACGUCUAGCAUCUUUGUCAAAUUGAAUGGACACGCCCAUAGAAAUGGACACGCUCAUAGAAAUGGACAAGCCCAUUGAAAUGGACACGCCCUGUAGGGUUCAUGUGAUAAAAAGCAGCUUGCUCUGCUGAAAAAAAUUCGUAAGAAAAAUUCACCCGCACUCAUGUGACACCCAUUUUCCCCUCUUUCCCCCUUCCUUCUCUCUCUUCCUUCCCUCCCUCCAACAUUUCUUUUUUCUUGAAUUUAUUGUUUUUUCUUUGAUUAAUAACUGGGACUUCGGCAAGUCAAGUCUCCACCGAGGGUUUGGUUUGUCUUUUUGUCUUCCAGGAAUUUGGCGCCCGGCCUCCCAGUCAUGCGCCAGAUUGAAUCAGAGGCAAUCAGGGGCUUGGUUCAGAGGGUUUGGUUAUAUCUUGCUUCUUCCGAACCCUACUAGGCCCAGGUGGUGAAUUGCCGGUGUUUUUGUUCGGAAAAGGUGGCGGUAUGAAAAUAGAUGUCCACAACCACAUUCUGCCAGAGUCGUGGCCUAAUCUAAAAGAGCGAUAUGGAUAUGGUAAUUGGAUUCAACUUCAAAAAUGCACUGGAAGGAAGGAUGCAGACAUGAUGAUCGAUGAUAAGUUCUUUAGAAAAGUUCAGCCUAAUUGCUGGUCCCCAGAAGAGAGACUGAAAGAAAUGGAUGAAACUGGUGUUACUGUUCAAGUCUUGUCUACAGUUCCUGUGAUGUUCAGUUACUGGGCAAAACCAGAAGAUACGUUAGACUUUUGCCAGCUCAUCAAUAAUGAUCUUAAAAACACAGUUGAUAAAUAUCCAAAAAGGUUUUUGGCUCUGGGAACGCUACCUAUGCAGGCUCCGGAAUUGGCAGUGAAAGAAUUAACGAGAUGCAUCAAGGAGCUCAAAUUCCCAGGCGUUGAAAUCGGAUCUCAUAUCGGCGAUUGGAAUCUUGAUGCAGAGGAGCUGAUGCCAUUCUGGAAGGCAGCUGAGGACCUUGGUGCUUGUGUAUUCGUGCAUCCUUGGGAUAUGCAGCAAGAUGGUCGAAUGAGCAAAUACUGGCUGCCAUGGCUGGUUGGAAUGACUUCAGAGACAUCCAUUGCUAUUUGCUCUAUGAUUUUUGGUGGCGUUUUGGAGAAAUUUCCGAAACUCAAAGUCUGCUUUGCCCAUGGAGGUGGCUCUUUUCCUUUGAUAAUUGGGCGCGUUGAGCAUGGAUUCAAUGUGCGGCCAGACCUCUGUGCAGUUAACAACAAAAUCAAUCCAAGAAAAUACAUUGGGCAGAUUUACACAGACUCAUUAGUUCACGAUGCAGAUGCUCUGUCACAUCUAGUAAGAACAAUUGGCGAGGAUAAAAUAAUGCUUGGUAGUGAUUAUCCAUUUCCACUCGGGGAACACCACCCUGGACAGCUGAUUCAAUCCAUGCCAGGAUUUAGUGACGAGCUAAAGGACAAACUUCUGGCUCAGAAUGCCGUUGAUUUUUUUGGUAUUGACAGAUCCUUCUAUGAAGCCUAGUAGCAAAGACAAACGUCAAGCAAUCAAAUCCCAUUGUAGUGCUCGAGGUUUUUGUCUUCAUCGAACACUUGGUUUAUUGUCGCUUGUACCUUGCAUCUCAAUGGUAUGAACUUGUCUUUAGUGUGCGUGCGAUUUGUUCUACUUUGUAGGCUACAACAUUCCCCCUGGGUUUAUUUUUAUUUUUAUUCGCCUUUACGUUGUUUCGCAAAAUUUUUGCCAAUUUUUGUUUCUUCCCUAAUUAAUUAUGUUUCAUGUUUUGUGAGUAAAACUAAUGUUUUAAGGGGUGGCCAAACGAACACAACAUUGUUGAUCAAACAUGAAAAAAAGAGAUGUUUUACGAAACGUUUGAUGGAAAUCAAAUUUUGCAAAACAUCGUAAAACACCGUAAAACAUCGUAAAACAUUGUAAAACAUCGUAAAACAUCGUAAAACUUGGCUUCGUUAAUUUUGCAAUGAAAGAAUAUGUUUCUUUAUCAGUGGGUGUAAACGGGUAUGCGUUUUCGUGUAAUUAGUUUCGUAAUUGAAACCAAAUCUUUUAGAUAGCUGUCUACUUGUGAAAUAGAUUUUAACCAAAUUGUAAUAAAUAAUUUAGGUCGGUGACUGAUCGUAGUAUUUAUGUGAUAUCCCAGGAAUUCAGUACUUA